ACAUUUAUUACCUUUUAUGCUUGGUUUGCAGCUAGUGCCCCAUCUCAUUGCCAUGAGCACUGAGGACAACGCCAAGCUGCGUGUUAGCGCAGAGAAGCACAUCUACGACAUAGAGCAGCGCUACCCGGGCUUCGUUCACAUGAAGGCGCAGGCGGGGCUUGAGCUGGCAUUCGGCUUGCAGCGGGCCACUCAGUCGCGCGACUGUGUCGUGGUGCACGGCUACCGUGUCAACGAGACCACCAACCAACGUGAAGCGCUGCUAGGCUGCCUCUAUUCGGCACUGCACACCAAACCACAUAAACGCGCUUUCGUUUCGUCGCUGGUGAAACGAUUCGACCAACAAUCGGAUAUUGACGCAAAAAUGCUGCCUUUCCUUGUGGACAACUUGGCUUACUUCAACUACGAGGUGAUUGGAGAACCAUUAUUCGUCAUACACACUAUUGACGUUUUCUUGUCUGUUCAUGGAACCAGUGUAUUACAGGCAUUUGAAGAGUCACUGCUUCCAGCUGAAAACCAUGGAACAAAGUCUGUUGAUGAAAAAGGAGCAGAAGAUGGAGAAAACGAAGAAGACGAAGAUGAUUUCAAGGAAGACAAUGCGGAAGAUCUGCUCAAAAGAAUGCCACAAAAUAUCCAACCUCUUGUUGACUGCCUCAAAAGCUUUCAUAAAUAUCUGCUUCUGCUAUCUCUUAAUCGGUAUUUGAAAACCGAAUUCAACAUCUCAGACAGUAUGAUGUAUGACUAUUCAACUUCGGAAUCGUCCAAAGUAUUUGAAAAAUCGCUAUUGCCAUUGGAAAAAACUGACUUUGAUGUGCAAUUGAUUGUGCAGAAGAUCGAAGGAUAUAUUUCAGAUUGUUCGGCAGAAUCGCUUAUUGAAAAUUACAUCAAGUUCAAAAGGCUAAUUAUGAAAUUCGACUUGAAGCGCUCUGACGAUGAUGAUACGUUCAUCACUGCAAAGCUUCAAACUGUGUCCAAAAAUAAGGGUUCAAAACCAACUAAAAGACGCUCCUCAUAUAAGAAAUGCCAAACAUCGGACGAUGAGGAUGAAGAGGCAGAAAUAUCAAAGAGUAAGAAAAAGAAAACGCCAUCAAAAAAAGAAGGAAACAGCUCAACUACCCCUGUUGUACCGGUACUCGUAAAAAAACACGAGUGACUAGAUCUUCAUUGAAAAUUAAUCACGAAGAUUAAAGUGUACAUACAAUACAAACAUGUACUAAGUAACAUAAAGUACAUACAAUGAUGAUUUUCAAAAACAAGGUCAGGUUCUACAAUUUGUAAUAGUAUACAUUUCUUUUUUGGAAGAAGUUACAAGUACGGUAGCUUUUUAUAGUGGUAGUAAUAUAUACUGUAUUUUCAAGUCACAAGUAGCCUUUUAUUUUAGUAUAAAUUUUGAUUCUUGAAAAAAAUUACCUACCGUACCAAGUGCCAUGUGAACUCAAUACAAAGUACAAACAACUAAACUAAUAGAGAGUGUAUAUUCAAUCUGUCAUAAUAAAAUAUGAAGUAGUGUGUAUGUACCGUAAACCUGAACAUUGAAAUUAUUUUAUUUUGUCUAAUAUUAUUUUGGUAGGUUAUAUAGACUUUUUUCCGUCAUCAUUAGGUCUUAGUAUUAAUCAAUAAAAUGUACAUGUGUGCAUAGCUUUAUAAUUUAUCAUAUCAUAAUAGAAUGAAAGACUAGAUUUUUUCAUGUAAGAAAUAAUCUUCCCACAAGUACUGUAGUUUAGUUCAGUUAGAUGAUUUCGAUACAUUGUAAUAUACAGUAAAUGCUAUACUUUUUUGAACCAUAUGUACCAAGGUAACCGUACUUGUAUAUUUAUGGAACUGCAUAUUUUUUGUAAUUUUGAUUAUUAAAGAUGGAGUUAUUGUAAUUGAA